GGCACCGCGGCCCCCGGUCUCCUGGGCUAACUGCCCGCCCUUCCUUCCUCCCUCCCUCCCGUGUGCCUUCAGAGCCACACACCCAAAGAGCCGCGUCUCCGUCCCCGGGCCGGAAGUGCCGGCGGCCGCCUGGCCCCGCCUCAGCUCCGCGGGCGGGAGAACGGAGGGCCCCCAGGCCGGCUUGCUCCGCCUUGAGCCGGUAGCCCCGGAGCUGGCCCGUCGGCCGCCGAGAAGCCCGCCGCAAGUCAUUCCGGGAGCCAAGGGAGAACCAGCCCUGUGAGGGGCGGAUGGGCCGUUCCCGGGGUUGGACUGAAAGCGGCCUGGCGUGUGGCCUGGCCCUUCCGGGCCUCGGAAAACAACCGGACAAAGAAAAUUAACCGGAGACGGUCGGAGUGGACACCGACCGUCGGAAGAACAGCAGUCUUGGCCAUUCUACCGUUGGGACGUAUGCCUAGGCGACGGGGCUUGGAGGCCGUGACUGUCAUGGUGGGCCUUUUUUAGCGGACCGGACAAAUACUGUGGAUAGCGUGGCUUGAACUGAGUGGUGAACAAGGCAGAGAUACACCACGUUGGCCAACCAGAUGCUGUCAAGACUGACGUUUCCACCCCCAUUUGGCUUUAGUGUGAAGUUGGGAACCGAGUCCUGUUAUCUCCUGGAGCCAUUUUUUUUUUCCUUUUCGCCCAGCAGUGAAGAAACAUGAGUUCGGUCAACGAAGAAGCAUUCAUCUGCUUGGGUAUUAAUCCACGCAACCCUGUCGUGGGACGCCUGGGGCUAGAAGUGGUCGUUUUGAGCACGUUCUGGUCUAUCGCUGAGAAUCUUUGUAUCCCUUCUCUCAGCUGACGCGCUGGAUUCCCGCGAGAAGGAUUGAUGACUAAAUCUCAUCUCGGUAUGGCUCACAGAGGAGUAGGCGGACACGGGCGGGUUCUCUCUUCCGAGCAUUUCCGUGUGAACUGUGGAAUUCGGCCAGCGUGUGGACCCCCGAUGCAUAGUAUAUGCAUGGUCUCCGACUUUUUUUAUCCAAAUAUGGGGGGAGUGGAAAGUCACAUCUACCAGCUGUCCCAGUGCCUGAUUGAAAGAGGCCACAAAGUCAUCAUCGUCACCCACGCGUAUGGCAACAGAAAAGGCAUCCGUUACCUCACCAAUGGCCUCAAAGUGUAUUACCUGCCUUUGAAGGUUAUGUACAAUCAAUCGACGGCAACCACCCUCUUUCACAGUCUGCCUCUUCUCAGGUACAUAUUUGUUCGAGAGAGAGUCACAAUAGUCCAUUCCCAUAGUUCUUUUUCUGCCAUGGCCCACGAUGCACUCUUCCACGCCAAGACCAUGGGGCUACAGACAGUCUUCACGGACCAUUCUCUUUUUGGAUUUGCUGAUGUCAGCUCCGUGCUUACUAACAAACUUCUAACCGUGUCACUCUGUGACACGAACCAUAUAAUCUGUGUCUCUUACACUAGCAAAGAAAACACUGUCCUAAGAGCAGCACUGAAUCCAGAGAUAGUGUCGGUCAUCCCCAAUGCCGUAGACCCCACCGACUUCACUCCAGAUCCGUUUAGAAGGGACGAUAGUGUAAUAACUAUUGUUGUUGUCAGCAGGCUUGUUUACAGAAAAGGGACUGAUUUGCUUAGCGGCAUAAUUCCCGAACUGUGUCAAAAAUAUCCAAAUUUACAUUUCAUUGUUGGAGGAGAAGGGCCAAAGAGAAUUGUUUUGGAAGAAGUUCGAGAAAGAUACCAACUGCAUGACAGAGUGCGACUACUGGGAGCCUUGGAACACCAGGACGUUAGAAAUGUCUUGGUACAGGGACAUAUUUUCCUCAACACUUCUCUUACGGAGGCUUUCUGUAUGGCAAUUGUUGAAGCUGCUAGUUGCGGUUUACAGGUUGUCAGUACCAGAGUUGGUGGAAUUCCUGAGGUUCUCCCAGAAAAUCUUAUCAUCUUAUGUGAACCUUCUGUAAAGUCUUUGUGUGAUGGCUUGGAAAAGGCAAUUUCGAAACUGAAGUCAGGAACACUGCCAGCUCCAGAAAAAAUCCAUGAUCGAGUGAAGACUUUCUAUACGUGGAGGAAUGUUGCAGAGAGAACUGAGAAAGUUUAUGACCGAGUGGCAGGCGAGGUUGUACUCUCCAUGGACAAGCGGCUGGACAGGCUAAUAUCUCACUGUGGCCCAGUAACUGGUUACAUUUUUGCCUUGUUUGCGGUGUUCAGCUUCCUCUUCCUUCUUUUCCUGAGGUGGAUAACUCCGGAUUCCACCAUUGACAUUGCAGUAGAUGCCACAGGACCAAAUGGAGCAUGGACUCGACAGUAUUCUUUUAGUAAAAAGGGGAGAAAGAAUGAUGAGAUUACAAAAGCAAGGUAGAAAGAUCCCCUGACUUUGAAGAUUUUCAAUAUGGGAUAGAUUUAGUUCUACUGAAGAAAGUGUUUAGUGACUGUCCAAUUUUGGGGUGAAUGACUUAGUAAACUGUGCUACCUCGAGUUCAGAUUAUUUUUAAUAUUGAGGGGGAAUACCUAAACUUAUGCAAUUUCUUGAGUAGAAACUUUUUUGCACUUAUUUGAAAUGUAAAAGGGAGAAGUCGAGCUACUCAGGUGACAAACUUUUCAGACUGUAAAAUAUGCUCCAAAAUGGGUGUUUUGAAAAGGUUAUUUUAUGGGUUUGUGGCAUUUAUGGGCCAAAUUGAUUCUCUGGAGUUUCUUUGCCAAUUUUUAAUAUUGAUUCUUUAGGGAAAAAACACCAGAUAUUCAGAAAAAAUUUACAGAAUUAAGACUUCAUGUAAGUAUAUUGAUAGAGAAUAUUGUUUGACAAAUAUUUUCAAAUUGCAUGAUGUCUGCAUUCAAGAAGUGUUAAAUAAUUAGCCAGGUUUUGCCCUUGAGUUAACUGCUCCCUAAAGCAGUUUUGUUUUGCUUGUUUUGUUUUUUUUAAUUCUACAGUCUGCCAGAGGUCUUCUGUGAUUUCUUCUACCCCAAAAAUUAGAGGCAGGAGACUAUAAGCCCUCUCUAGACUGUAAACUCCUUAUAGGGGGGGAAAAAGUCUACUAACUGUUGUUCUCUCCCAAGUGCUUAGUACAGUGAUCUGCUCACAGUAAGUGCUCAGAUACCAUUCAGUUGAUUGAAGGUGCAGGUAAAGGGGAGAGUACAGCUUUUGUUUGUAGUUAGAAUUAGUAGCUGAGGUCAGGGAGUGUCCUAGAAAGAAUCGGUGGUGGUGGGUUGGAUUUGUUGGCUGGGAUCCGACUUGAGCUAACUCUUAGUUUGGAAAAGUUAUGGAGGAAGGUUGUUUUUCUCUUAACUAAGUGCUGCUGCCGCUAAAGCCCUCAGUACCCAGCCGCCUGCAGCACCAGUUUCUGGGUUCCCUGGAGAAAGACCCACUCCCCCAACAGCCUUUGAGAAACACAGCCCUUGAACUAAGUUGGACAGUUGGGAAAGUGGGAUGUCUCUUUUGGGUCACUAAGUUACUACUAUAGUUUAGGAGUAAUUACUAAAUAGAACCCCUGGUGUGGAAAGACUUUUUUUUUUUUUUCCCAAGAGUCCAACUCAGUCUUGGAAAUACUCCUAUCACAUUCCGGCUGAACAGUACAUUGGUGCUGAACUCACUCGGCUCAUCAGAUGCUUCUGCCUGCAAUUCCCUCUUGUAUUUAAAAUUAUAUUUGAAAGUUUGUGCAGUUGGGCCAUUUUAUUUGAAAAACUCAUUCCUUUUUUGAAUGUCUUUCUCGAAAUGUUAACUGACUUAAAAAAUGAAGAACCCUAGCGACCGAUAUCACUGUUUUGAGACGAAUGUAUGCAGGGGCACACUUUGCAAACUUCCAUUUGUUCUUCUCUCUGGCUGGUCAGUGCCUCAGAGUUGUAGCUUUUCCUGAGCAGAAUGAACAAGGGAUGCCGAAAAUGGUGAUGUCUUAACCAUUUAGACAUGUUUAGUUGCUGUCAAAUGUGAUCUAGCUUCCAUUUGACUAUCUAGGGUCAAAAAUGGCUCGCUAGCCUUUUCCCCGGGAUUUUUGCUUCCCAGCACCCCACUUAACAGUUUUUCAGGUAAUAGUCACCGUUGAUGGAUCUGGCCAGUAAACCUGUGUACUCAGUAUGAUAUUUUUUUGCUUCAGAGCCAUGGGUUUUCUAACCCCAAACAACCUACAUGAUCUCUCAUUGAAUGAAUACUGCUUUGAAUUUUUAAGGAACAACUGUCUUUACAUUGGACCAUAAACCAAAAAGUAUCCAUAGUUUUUUUGAAUGAAUCAUUUAAAAUGAAGAGUUGCUGCACUUAUACUUAGUCCAGUUGGUUGUUAUUCAAAUUGUGUAACACGCAGAACUUUUUUGGGGAACUCAUGAAAGUUUGCUUUAUUCAAGUCUUUUAACUUGGCACUCAUGGUGGUGCAUAGGUAUCAUACUGUGUAUAUAUAUAUAUGUAUAUGUAUAUAUAUAUAUACACACACACAUAUAUAUAUAUUUUAACUGAAAAUGGUUUAGUGAACAGAAUACAGUUUUAUGAAAUCUAGAAUUUACGUUUCUUUGAAGUGGACUUAUCUUGAUAAUAAGAAACUAAAAUAUCCUAAAAUUGAGCUUGUUGAACUAUGGUGGUGGUUGACAUAACAGGUACAGUAGGGCCAAUAUUGAUGGAAAAAACCCCAAAAUAUUAGUUUUGUUUCCAUUAAAGUGCACAAUUUAAUUUACGAUUAACUCUGUUACACUUGGGCAUGUUUCUUCGUUCUGGAAAUGUGUGCCCUAAAUACAAAGCUUCAAGAUCUAGUGACUCUGGCAUUGUUGAAAAUAUUUUGGAAUUUCAAAAUUUUUCCAUUGAGUAAUUUUUUUGAAGAUUAAUAAAGACUCAGAGCUUGCUUGCAGAUGUAACUCACAAGUUGCUUAUUUUAAAAAAUAAAUUAUUGAUUUUUAACUGAAUGUAACUCCAAGGACUGAUUAAUUUUUAUAUAUAAAUAUUUUGUGGUGCUCUUAAUCUGCAUUUAAAAGCAGAAUUUAUAAAAGGAAGCAUUCUUCUUUUGAUAAUGCACCAAUAAGCCCUCUUAUGGGCUUAUUGGGGGAAAAGAAUACCAAGAGGAAGAUCUUAAAAUUAAACCAUUUAAACCACCAGUAAAAUACCCCAGUAUUUUUUUUAAAAAACUGUCCUUCAGCUAAUAAUCAGUAAUCUCUUCAAUAAUUGUAUACAUUGCCUCAUCCAGCCGCUUAAUGACAUAAGAAGUACAGUAAAAGCGUAGUUUUUCCAUUUGCUAGGACAGUGGAAGUUUCCACAGUCCAGACUAGCAUUAGGGUUGGUUUGCAUAGGUCUUCAGAGGGCUAGCAAGGGCUGAAACAUAAGGAAUAGAGUAUCUUCAGAAGCUUGUUAAUUGAAUCCUAGCCACAUGUAAGAUCACACUCCUGUAAUCACCGAACCCUCUAACUUAACUCGAAUGACAACCUGCUGCUGCUCGGAUUCGUAAAAUAUUCCCUGUUGGUGACCUGGUCGCUUCCCAACUCAGCCCUGCCAGGACCGACUGCCUAGGAAGAGCGUACGGAAAGGUUCCGGCGAAACUGCGUGCACCUGACUUCUUUCAGGCCCUCCCUCCCGGAGGAAGGACUCAAAAUACAUUCUGAUCCCCGAAGCCUUCUCCUGCUGGGGUGAGGUUGGUGAAGCACCAGGUAACAACUUUUAUGGCAUUACGACUUGGGAAUUUUGUCCACAUUCCCCCUC